AUGGAGAGAGAGAGAGAGAGAGAGAGAGAGAGAGAGAGAGAGAGAGAAGGGGGCGGUGCGUACUUUGCGGUGGCUGACGCCGGCCCCGGCUGCCUUGCUGUUGCAGCGUCCUUCUACGGGGCGAGCUACAUCGCGGUGCCGCUGCAGGACGCUCGCAGCACCACCGAGCUGGAGAUGCGCUUCCGCACGCGGCGCGCCGACGCCAUGCUCUUCCUGGCCGCCGGCCGCAUCGACUACUGCCUCGUCAUCCUCGAGACCGGCAGACUCAAGGUGCGCAUCAACGUGGGCGACGGCGAGCGCGAGAUCUCGUCGCCCAAGGGGCUGCGCCUGGACGACCUGCAGUGGCACGACGUGCUCAUCUCGCGCCGCGACGCCGCCUUCAGCCUCACCAUCGACACCAUUCACGUCGUCACGGAGAAGCUGCCGGGGCGCUUCUUCGAGCUGAACGUGCACUUCGGGCUGUUCGUGGGCAGCCAGGGCGACUUCUCGGAGCUGUUCCUGGGCCACCUGGAGAACCUGCGCGGCUGCCUGGCCGACGUGCGCUACAACGGCGUCGACGUGCUGCGGCGCGCGCGCGAGAGGCACGGCCACGUCGACGUGCACGGCGUCACCUGGACCUGCGCGCCCGAGUUCGACGCCGCCAGCGACCGCGACAUCAGCUUCGUCGAGAACGACGCCUUCCUAGCGCUGCCCAACCUCAUCUCGCGCACCGGCGUCAGGUGGCGCAUGGACGUGAAGACGGCGUCGCCGCUGGGGCUGCUGGUCUACAACGCGGGGCUGACGACGCAGUCGGACUUCGUGGCCCUGGAGCUGGUGGACGGCCGGCCGCGACUGCUGCUCAACAAGGGCAACGGACCCACGGAGCUGCAGAGCGACGUCGCCGUGGCGGACGGCGCCUGGCACACGCUCGCCGUACACUUCAACCCCACCUUCAUGGAGGUCUCCGUGGAUGGCGCCGUCUCCAGUCUGCGCCUCCCACCGGGCGGUAGCCGCUUCUUCGACCUCGCUGACACCGUGUUCGUGGGCGGCACGGAGGUGAACAAGCGGGCGCGCGCGCGCACGCAGGGCGUGCGCUCCGCGACGUCCUCCUUCCGCGGCUGCGUGCGCAACAUGUGGGCCGAGCAGCGGCGCGUCGGCUUCCCCGAGGCGCGCGUCACGCACGGCGUGCUGCCCGACUGCGUGUGGACGUUCGCGUGCGCCGCGCGCCAGCCCUGCGUGCCCUCGGCACGAUGCCACCAGCACGGCGUCGACUCGUUCCGCUGCUCCGACUGCGGCCAGCCCAUGUGCGUCAAGCCCGACUACGCCGAGAGCUACAAGGUGUUCUCCAAGCCGACGCUGCCGGUCGACCUGGAGAUCCUGGUGCUGACGCCUCUGCAGGUGGCCGAGGGCGGUUCGGCGCCGGUGACGACGCGCAACGUGGACGUGGUGCUGGACUUCCCCAAGUACGGCGUGCGCGACACGGGCGUGCUCUUCUUCGUGGUGGAGCCGCCCAGGCACGGCCGCCUGGAGGUGGACCGCCAGCCGCACGGCCAGGGCCAGCAGUCGCAGGCGCAGGCCCAGGCGCCGCUCGCCUUCACGCUGCUCGACAUGACCAAGGACAAGGUGCGGUACACGCACGACGGCUCGGAGCAGCACCAGGACGCGGUCUCGCUGGAGGUGGAGCUGUCGCCCGACGCGGAGUUCACGCUGCCCGGCUACCUGCAGGGGCGCCACCGCUUCGCGCUGCACGUCAACGUAACGCCCGUCAACGACCCGCCGCUGCUCUUCCUGCCACCCGGCAAGACGCUGCGCCUGGCCCAGGGGACGCGCAAGGUGCUGACGCGGUCGCUGCUGCGCGCCGAGGACCCGGACAGCCCGCCCGAGGAGCUGGUGUUCACCGUGCUGAGCCGCGACGCGGCCGGCGGCCACGUGGAGCGCGCGCUGCAGCCGGGCCGGCCGCUCGACUCGUUCACGCAGCGCGACCUGGACGCCGGGCUCGUCGCCUACGCCCACCCGCCGGCGUCGGCGUCGGCGUCGCCCGGCGCCCCGGCCGGCGCGCAGUCGCGGCUCGCGCUGCAGGUGUCCGACGGCAUCGAGACGAGCGCCGCCGCCGUGCUGCGCAUCGCCGCCUACCCGCUGCAGCUCACGCUCAUCAACAACACCGGGCUCGUCAUCACGCACAGGACGUGGGCGCGGCUGCAGCCGGGGAACCUGUCCUUCGCGGUGAACGCGGACGACCCCAGUCUGGACGUGCGCUACGAGGUGGUGCGGCCGCCGCAGUUCGGCCACGUGCAGCGGCUGCGCGGCGCGGGCGCCGACGGGCCCUCCUCCACCCCGACGCAGUGGGUCAACGUGGACCACUUCACCAACCACCAGCUGGCGCGCGGGCUCGUCCGCUACGUGCACACCGAGGGCGCGCCCGCCCACGACGACUUCAAGUUCAAGGUGUCGGUGCUGGACGUGGAGAGCCCCAAGACGUACGACUUCCGCGUGACGUUCACGGAGCUGCAGCUGGUGGCGGAGCGCGCGCACGAGCUGCUGCUCAACGGCAGCCGCGACGCGCUGCUGACGGACGCGCAGCUGAGCUUCCGCACGGCGCCGCUGCCCACCGACGCGGCGCUGGUGCAGUACCGGCUGACGGCGGCGCCGCGCUACGGCGCGCUGCACCUGCAGGGCUCGCCGCCGCACCAGCACCUGCAGCUCGCGGGCACCUUCACCCAGCUGGACUUGCGCGCCGGCCGCCUGCGCUACCGCCUGCACCGGAAGGCCUACUCGCACGUGCGCGACGAGAUCAGGUUCCGCGUGACUGCGCCGGGCUGCGAGCCGCUGAUGGGGUCCCUCUCACUGGUGCACGUGCCGUCCGUCAAGACGCGCGCCGAGGUCCGCGCCACGCUGGAGCGCCUCCAGGUGACGGAGGGCGGGCGCGAGCCUGUGCUGCGCACGCACCUGGACCUGGAGACGGCGGGCAUCACGCAGCUGCUGUACAACGUGACGCACGGCCCACGGCACGGCCGGCUGGACGUCAUGGACGUCGGCAUGGUGCAGACGCUGCGCGAGGCCACCAACUGGUUCUCGUCGCGCGAGCUGCUCACCGAGCGCGUCUUCUACGUGCACGACGACUCGGAGACGCGCCGCGACUCCUUCCACUUCGUCGCGCUCUCCAGCGAGGAGGAGGACUUCCAGUACGUCGGCGUCUUCCACGUGGACGUCCUCCUGCGGAACGACAACACGCCAGUCAGGGCGGUGGAUAAGGUGUUCCGCGUGGUGACCGGCGGGGAGCGGCUGCUGACAGGUGACGAUCUGCGCUACUCGGAUGCCGACAUCGACACCAAGCCGUCCGACAUCCUGUACACGCGCCGCGGCAUCCCCAACGGCGGCAUCUUCCAGGCGGCCAGUCCCAACGAGGCGCUGUUCGAGUUCACGCAGGAGGACCUCGACAAGCGGCGCGUGCUCUUCCGGCACGAGGGCGACGAGUACGGCAAGGUGGGCCUCUGGAUCACCGACGGCCAGUUCUACGCCAACGGCAUCCUCGAGGUGCGCGCCUCGCCGCCCUUUGUCGAGAUCGUCAACAACACCGGCGUCAUCGUCAAGCAGGGCGGCGGCGUCGUCAUCAGCACGUGGAACCUCAGCGCCGAGACCAACCUCAACGUCUGGGGCGAGCAGAUCUCAUACGAGGUGACGGAGGGCCCCAGCCACGGGCAGCUGGUGGUGGGCCGGGAGGGCGCGGCGUCGCGCUUCUCGCAGCUGGACGUGGAGCGCGGCGCGCUGCUGUACAAGCACGACGCCUCCGACUACUACAGCGACCGCGUCGCCUUCCGCGUGGACGCCGGCGGGCGCGCCUCGGCCGACGGCCAGCUGCUGGUGCGCGUCUUCCCCGCCGCCUACUGGGAGCCGCUCGUCGUCGCCGCCAACCGCACGCUGCUCGUCGAGGAGUCCACCAGCGUCGUCGUCUCGUCCGACGUCCUCAAGGUGAUGCACCCGCAGAUCCCGCCCACGGACAUCGUAUUCACGGUGGUGGAGCCGCCGGCCUACGGCUACCUAGAGCUGGAGCCUCCGUCGCUGUCGGCGCAGCCGAGCUGGAACGCCAGCGAGGAGACGGGCGCGCUGCCCGGCUCGCUGUCGGAGUUCGACCAGGCGACGGUGGACGAGGGCCGGCUGCUGUACGUGCAGGCGGCGGCCAACCGCAGCCGCGACCACGUCACGCUGGACGUGGGCAACGGCGUGCGCUGGCUGCGCGGGCUGCGCCUGCAGCUGGUGGUGGUGCCGGAGCGCCUCUACCUGGCGCCCGCCGCCGCCACCGCCCAGGCCGUCACCGAGUUCCGCGUGGCGCGGCCUCCGCGCGCCGGCAGGCUGCGGCUCGCGCCGCCCUCCCCCAAGGGCGGCCCCUCGGCGCCCACGCUGCUGCGCUUCACCACGGCCCAGCUGCAGGCAGGGCUCGUCCAGUACGAGCACGACGGGAGCGAGACGCUGAGCGACGACCUGGUGGUGGUGGGCGUGGCCGGCGAGAAGCGCAGCGAGCCCGCCACGGUGCGCGUCCACGUGGCGCCCGUCAACGACGAGCCGCCCACGCUCGUCAACAACACCGGGCUCGUCGUCUGGGACGGCGCCUCCGCCGUCAUCACGCCCGCUCACCUCGCUGCCGCCGACGCUGACACGUCGGCCGCCAACCUCACGUUCAUCGUAUCGUCUCCACGAGCCGGGCACGUGGCGCUGUACGCUGCGCCCUCUUUGCACGUCCGCAAGUUCACGCAGGCCCAGCUGGACUCGCACCAGAUCAUCUUUGUGCACAGCGGUGGCAGCGUCCCCGCGGGCUUCGAGGUGUCGGUGAGCGACGGCGCGCGCACGGCGGGCCCCUUCAACGUGACGGCGCGCCGGCGCGCCGCGCUCUCGCCGCAGCAGCUGCUGGCCACGGCGUCAGACUGGCAGGCGCCGCGGCCCAGGCACGUCGUGUACGCCGUCUCGCGCCAGCCGCAGCUCGGCCGCCUGCUCUUCGUCAGCGGCGCACAGGGUGCCCAAAGGCAGCUGCAGCUGGCGGACAACUUCACUCAGCGUGACGUCAACGAGAGCCGCGUCUGGUACGAGAACACGCACAAGUUCUUCGGGCUCUCCACCAACGACUCUUUCGCUGUCGACAUACGCGCCGACUUCGCCGAGUCAAUCUUGGGCCAUGUGGUGGACGUGGACAUCUCCGUGUCGUCCGGCGGGCUGGAGCAGUUCCUGCCGCUGCCGACGCUGCAGGUGGAGGAGGGCGGGUCGGCGCAGGUGCGCAUCAACACGAGCGGCGUGGCCGCCUUCCUGGACAGCCGCGCCGAGGUCGAGGUGGCCUGCCUGCUUCUCGACCUGGCGGCGCCGCUGCAGCACGGCCAGCUCAUCAUCAGCGGCAGCGACAACGAGACCAUCUUCACCCAGUCCGAGAUGGACGCCGGAGAGGUGGUGUACCAGCACGACGGGUCGGACACGCUGAGCGACGAGGUGCGCUUCUCGCUGCGGCUGGAGCCGGGCAGCGUGCUGCUGCUGAACGCGACGCUGCCGGUGGCCGUGGCGCCCGUCAACGACGAGCCCUUCCGGCUGGUGACGCCGGCGCCGCACGCCACCGUGGUGCAGGGCCAGGCGCGCGCCCUCUCCAGGGAGCUGCUGCUCACCGAGGACGACGACACGCCGCCCGCCCAGCUCGUCUACGAGGUCAUCAGCGGGCCCAGCGCCGGCCGCCUCGUCAACGCAGCCAAUGCCUCGUUCGGCGCCGCCAACGAGACGGUGGUGAGAUUCACGCAAGCGGACAUCGACGCUGGGAACUUGAUCUACGAGCAUUCGGGCCCGCUGCAGCCGGCCACGUUCUACUUCCGCGUGUGGGACGGCCGCUUCAACCCCAACUACACGGUGUUCACGUUCCACGUGCUGCCGCUCACGCUCAACGUGUCGCUGGGCCGGCCGGUGGCCCUGCAGCAGGGCUCGAGCGUGGCGCUGCUAACGGCCGACCACCUGGUCGCGUCGACCAACGGCCGGCCCGAGGACGUGCGCUACAACGUGACGCGGCCGCCGCGCCACGGCGCCGUCUACGUCCACGACUCGCCGGCCCGCGAGUUCUCGCAGGCCGACCUGGACGCCAAGCGCGUCAUGUUCAUGCAGUCGGACAUGACGGCCGAGAGCGACGCCUUCCAGCUGCGCGCCUGGCUGCCCGACGGAGCCUCCGGCGCUCCGGCCGUCGUCGUCGACGGAAUCGACGUCGAGGUCAGCGUCGAGCCGCUCGUCAGGAUCGGCAACUUCACUCCGACGGCCGGCGCCAAGAACCGACUGGGACUCCACGCGCUCGACGCCACGCCGUUGGCGAAGCUGACCAACAGCAAUCCGACGUACCUGGUGGAACGCAGGCCCAGACUGGGCCGCAUCAAGAAGAUCAUCCGCAGCUCCGGCGAGAAGAGAAAGGAGCGCGAGCGCGAGGUGAAGCAGUUCUCGCACGAGGAAGUCGAGAGCGGCGUCAUCUACUACGUGGCGAGGGCGCUGCCGCGGCUGGAGCCCGGCGGGGCCGAGGACGCCUUCCAGUUCGUGCUGAGAGCUUCCAUCUUCCAACCCGCCCGCGGAGAGCUGCGGUUCUUCGUCAGGCCAGAGAUGGUCGCGGGAGUGGUCAGCGACGCGGCGAGCGACGUGGGUGCCGCGGUGCAGUCGACGAGAGGUCCUCCGCAGCCGCUGCCGGGGCCCAAGAGCCCCGUCAGUCGGGAGAGCGAGCAGUCUUCCGGCACUGUCAUGAGCAGUGACUACGUGCUCAUCGUGAGCAUGGUCCUGGGGGUGGUAGUGGUGUCUAUUCUCGUAGCGGUAGUGGUCAAAUGCCGUUCGUCGAGAGCCAGGGCGGCAGCCAGCGGCCGCGCUGUCCAGUCGAAGGUGGACCUGUCUGCGCCGCCCCCACUGCCUCGCCCGCCCCCCGACGAUCUCCUGCCCCCGGCCCCCGCCUCCCCCAGCGGCCUCCAACGCGGUGGUGUCAGCGCCAAACGGUUUGCGGCCAACGGCUCCCCAACUCCGCUCGGUUCGGGACUGCCGCCGCCGUCCGUUCUCCAGUGCAAAGUGAUUCCGCUGGAACCCGUCGAGUCCGUGGCGGGUUCUGACGGCGAACUCAAUGCCCGCUAUCCAUACGGCGUUGCCGACGAACCGACGGAGGAGUGGAGCAGUUACGAUGCGUCUGAAAUCGCGUAUCCUCCACGGACAAACAACCCCAUGCUGCGACGGAACCAGUACUGGGUAUGAGAGUUCAUGGCAACGUAGCUCAUUGAAAUUGCAGUACAAACAGCGCACAUCUCAGGGCCAGGGAAACUGUCGCUUACGACAGCAUGGACGCUCGUAAGACUUAAAGAAUUUCGAACGGAUUCCCAGAUAUAUGAAACAAGGGAAUGGUGUUGUCGUUUAUCUGCUACAAAAGCAUCAGAAAUUAUUGCGUACACAUAAUCUUGAAUAUAAACUUACAAUUCUGUAACAGUAACUUGUGAGAUACAGAACAACCUGUAAUGUGUUUACACGAAAUUAACUAGCUACUCAUCUGCACCUUCGUGAGCAGUCCAUAGGAGAGAACAGUGAGGAUUCAGCUUCUCACACACAAGUGAAAUACAUAAAAAAAGAUGGUAAUCAAAGUGAAAGGAGGAAAUGUCGGACUCUACAGGUGACGUUCCCGGAAAAGUUAAUAAAUUUGUUUUUAACAGAAUUGCCCCGUCAUUGUAAACUGUUAAAUGCUGUCCGUUCUAAUGGACACAAUAAACAGGAUUGGGACGUUCUUAAACAAAUAUGCCUAUCUGAGUGAAAUAACAAAAUAAUUUGUGAAAAAUCGAGUGUCAAGGAAAUGGUCAAUUACUGCUCAUUAGACACAGAAACUAAUAUCACAGUCCGCAAUUUCAGAAAAUACUGCACACUGGGCGAUAAAAUUGUGUAUUCUGAAGGUGUAUGUGAAGAAGUAACUAACACAUACAUUAGAUAUUAACACAGUUAAUUGGAGAACGUUUAUUCGGGAAGUAUCUAAGAUUUCAAAAAAUAUAUUUCACGUUGAAUAUAACAAGAAUAAACAGAUCACUAUAUGAGCUCUCAAUAAUCAUUCGAACUCUACAAUGGAAGUAAAGCGCAAAAAAUCUGAAAGAAAGUUGCUAAAACACAAAUCGUGAACUGCACUGUCUCUACAGUUGUUCGGACAAGUGGCUAUUUUGUUGUGUAUCGUAAGAGUAAUUAUUUUUUAGAACUUUGUUAUGCAUAUGCCUGACUUGCUGAUAACGCAGUCACUUAAUAUUGUGACCUAUCGAUUACCUACGAUCCUGUUUUCCAAAGACAUUCAGGUCUUUCCUCGACUGCUACAGUGUUUAUAAACUCUUUGUCUUUCUGCAGCAAGUGUGGCACUACAUAAUACAAAAUCUUCCGACUCGUUACAGAAUACUGCUUUAAAAUAUACUGAAUUUAUUUCUGUGACAACGCAACUGUCAUUCGAUACUGGUUUCACUUACAUGAAACUGUGACUAUCGGCUCAAUUACAAGAUAAUACUGUAAAAAUAUGUGAUUGUAUGUAUGAAAAUUGUGGAAAUGACUUGAUACAGGAAUGUAUUUUUUUAGGAAUGACUAUUAGAAA